UUACAAUAGAUAAUAGUAAUUAUUGUUGCUGCCAAAUAACGAUAAUUAUUUUUCAUUUCCUGUUUUUAUUAAACAGUAUCGAGCAUAACGUUUCCGUCAUUACUGAUGCGAUUUUCUCGGGCAACCGGUGAUCAGCGUUUUUCAUUUUUUUCCCUCUGCUCUCGUACCUGUUUGUUGUUAGACAAGAAUUCCUGUCCCCAAUAUGUCCAAUGAACCGGAGAACAUCGACGGCAAUAACAUUCUCGCCCAAUCGUUGAAAUGCCAGGGAGUUGAAUUCGUUUUUGGCAUCGUUGGCAUACCAGUUGUCGAAUUCAGCAUGGCCUUACAACGAGUAGGUCUAAAGUAUAUCGGCAUGCGCAAUGAACAAGCAGCCGUGUACGCCGCUCAAGCAAUUGGUUAUCUCACUCGUACGCCUGGAGUAUGUCUAGUCGUGUCAGGCCCAGGGUUACUUCACGUUACCGCCGGGAUGGCAAACGCUCAAAUAAACUGUUGGCCUUUAUUGGUGAUUGCUGGUUCUUGUGCAGAAGAUCAUGAAGGGAUUGGUGGUUUUCAAGAAUGCAAUCAAGUUGAACUGAGCCGGCCAUAUUGUAAGUACAGCGCAAGACCUCCAAGUGCUGUUCUUAUACCAGUUCAUGUUGAAAAAGCAAUACGUUAUGCUACUUACGGCAGACCAGGUGCAUCGUAUUUAGACUUUCCUGCUAAUCUAUUAUCUGCUCAAGUCCCUGAGGACAAAGUGGUUAACAAACCAUCAGUCCCAUUACCUCCAAUGAUUUUCCCUGAUAUUAAAAAUAUUAAAUUGGCUUCCGAAGACUUAAUGAAUGCCAAAAGUCCUUUAGUUAUUAUAGGCAAAGGUGCCGCCUAUGGUCAUGCAGAAUAUGUUGUUAGAAAUUUUAUCAGUCAAUUUGAAUUACCAUUUCUAGCUACACCAAUGGGUAAAGGUGUAGUACCUGAUGACCAUCCUCUGUGUGUAGCAUCUGCACGUACAUAUGCCUUGCAAAAUGCUGAUGUUGUAUUUUUACUCGGUGCACGGUUAAAUUGGAUUCUACAUUUUGGUAAACCACCUAGGUUUAAUUCUAAUGUGAAGUUCAUACAGAUUGACAUUAGUCCUGAAGAAUUACAUAAUAGUCAACAAGCUAGCGUUGCUAUUCAAGCGGAUAUGCAUGCUGCAGUGGAUGCAUUAAAUGUUUAUUUGGUAGAAAAAAAAUGGCAAUGUACGAGAAAAGAUUGGUUGAAUCAACUCAAAGAAAAGUGUUUAAAAAAUAAAAAAUAUGUAGAAUCAAUGAUGAAAGAUACAUCUGUUCCUUUGAACUACUAUACAGUUUUUCACCAUAUUUAUGAUAGCAUUCCAAAAGAUUGUAUUAUUGUGAGCGAAGGAGCUAAUACUAUGGACAUAGGUAGAGCUGUAUUAUUAAAUAAUUUACCUAGACAUAGACUUGAUGCUGGAACCUUUGGUACUAUGGGAGUUGGAUUAGGAUUUGCAAUUGCUGCAGCCAUAUGGUGUCAGAAAUAUGAACCUGGAAAACGAGUCUUAUGCAUUGAAGGCGAUUCAGCAUUUGGAUUUUCUGGAAUGGAAGUAGAAACAAUGGUCAGGUAUAAAUUACCAAUAGUAAUCAUUGUUGUUAAUAACAAUGGCAUAUAUGGAGGUGUGGAUGAGGAAACAUGGAAAUUAGUACAAGAUUCUGAUAAUUUGGCUGAAAUUAUUCCUCCCAAUUGCUUUUCUGUAAAUAUUCAUUAUGAGAAUAUACUGACUCUAUUUGGUCGCAAGGGACAUUUCUGCACGACAGUUGAACAAGUUUCUAAUGCUGUAAAAGAAGCUUUUAUGGACACAAGUGGACCUUCAUUCAUAAACAUAAUGAUUAACCCAUCGGCUGAUCGAAAACCUCAAAACUUUGCUUGGCUUACCGAAUCAAAAUUAUAAAAAAAUUUUAUUUUAAAACUAUUUCAUAGUUGUGUUUGCUUAAAUAAUAACCAUGGAUCUCUGUUCUUCUGAAGCCUGUUGUACUCAAAAAUUAUCCAUAGAAAAUCAACCCACAAAAAUAAUAAUAAAUUAUAUUUAUUGGUUAUAUGAUAUUUUUUUUAUAAGGUGAAAGAUAAUUAUUAUACUAAAUGGAUGAAAGUUUUUUUUUUAUAUA